CGCGACCCCUCAGUAGAUGCGCACCCUCGAUGCCCACCAUGGCGCAUCGAAGUGUCACCGUAGUCAUGAAUCUCGGCCUGGCUAACCCUGGGAUGCAGCCACAUUGCGCGCGAACUUAGGGGCUGUCUCGUACUGGCCACGGCACCUGCGAACAGGCCUAUUGUAUCCCGCAUGACAGCAACCAACCGGCGUGCAAGGAGAUGUACAGUGUAUGAAGACACCCGAGGCGCGGCUAAACACUGCAGAGAUGUUGGAUUGCCACGACAUGGUGGUGCGACCGCAUAGCCUCUUUGUUUAUGUUGACGGUGCUGCGUCUUUAAACCUCAUCUGCUGGAUUUGAGGCUCCAUCUCCGUAGACCACUCGCGCUUUGUUCUCUUCCCUAAUUAUAUCACUCCAUGCAACCACGGGUACCCCCUACGAUAGAUCCAGAAGCUUGCCGGCCAGUUUCACCAAUCGCGACAAUGGGGGGUUCUGAGAUGCCAAACGGCCUCAACACCAAUGGCUACGGUCACAACUACGACUACCCGCCAUCGCACAUUGACGGGCCCUACAGAAUCCUCGAUCAAUAUCAUUCUAAGCCGGCCAAGCUGCGGGUAGCAUGUGUCGGCGCGGGUGCAUCAGGGCUCUGUCUAGCCUACAAGAUGGAGAAGAUGCUCGAGCCUGGAUCUUGGGAGCUGACGCUGUACGAGAAGAAUGCGCAGUUUGGCGGAACUUGGUAUGAGAAUACGUAUCCAGGUGUUGCGUGUGAUAUCCCAUCGCAUGAUUAUAACUUUACUUGGGACCCGAAGCCCGAUUGGUCGACGUUCUUUGCAUCGGGCAAGGAGAUUCAGGGAUACUUUGAAGACUUUGCGGAGAGACAUGGAAGCAAAAAAUAUAUGCAGUUGAAUAGCCGCAUUGAGCAAGCAAAUUGGAACGACGAAGAUGGUUGUUAUAGCCUCACCAUAAGAAAUCCGAAGACUGGUUCGAUGAGGAAGGACUGGGCGCACGUCCUGGUGAACGGCUCAGGUAUCCUGAACAACUGGAAGUGGCCGGAUAUCGAGGGCCUACAUGACUUCAAGGGUCCCGUUCUACACUCUGCAUGCUGGGACCACAGCGUCGACUUCACAAACAAAACCGCGGCCGUCAUCGGUGUUGGUUCGACGAGCGUGCAGAUCGUACCUUCACUCCAAAAGAUUGUGAAAGGGCUAGAAGUCUACAUGCGGAGUCCGACGUGGAUAUCGCCCCCUUUUGGUGCUGGCGCACUCAACGAUGAUCUACAAAAAGGACAAGACGUCGACCCAGGACAAAGGCAGUAUACCUUUACCGAAGCGGAUAUCAAAAAGUUCAAGGAAGACCCCGAGUACCACCUGGAAUUCCGAAAGAAGAUCGAAGCAGAGAUCAACAGCUUAUUCGGAAUGUACCAGCAGAACUCUGAACUUCAAAAUCAGUUCAAGGAUGUCAUUACCAAGGAGAUGCAUCGUCGCAUGGGCCCUGGCCACGAGAAGCUCAAAGAAUUCAUCAUUCCCAAAUGGUCUGUUGGCUGCCGGCGCAUCUCGCCUGGCGACGGUUUCCUCGAAGCUCUAGUGCAAGACAAUGUGACACCAGUCUUCGACGACAUCGAACGCGUAGUGCCUGAAGGUAUCAAGACGCGCGACGGAAAGAUUCACAAACUUGACGCUAUCGUCUGCGCGACGGGUUUCCAGGUCGCCUUUCAACCUGCCUUUACCGUCCGCAACGGCUCCAACGUAUCCAUCAAGGAAGACUGGACCAAUGGUCCUAACCUCUACAUGGGUGUAUCCGCACCGCGCUUCCCGAACUUCUAUACCAUUGUUGGCCCCGGUGCGACCUGGAGUAACGGUACGCUCAUACCGAGUAUUGAGACAACGGUCGAGUAUAGCAUCAAGUGCAUGAAGAAGAUGCAGACUGAAGGGAUUAAAGCUAUGAGCGUAAAGCAGGACGCUCUAGAUGAGAUAUAUGCGCAUUUCGACGAAUUCCACAAGACAACUGUGUGGCAAGAAGAAUGCAGGAGUUGGUUCAAGAAUGGGCAGAUCAAGAAUAGGAUUUACCUGUGGCCUGGCGCUACUAUACAUUUCCUCAAAUCUAUCAAGACACCACGCUGGGAAGACUACGACUACGUAUACCGGUACAAGAACCGAUUUGCUUUCCUGGGCAAUGGCGACGUGAAGGCGACGAAAAUGAGGGACAUGCACGGUUUGAGUCCGUAUAUUCGGAACUACGACCACGAGUGGGAUGUUGACUGAGCUGCUGGGAAGGAGACAUGCGACACGUUUCUUUGAUUCUUUUGUGGUGGGCUGGUGGCUGGGGCUGAGAAGACACGUCUCGAUGGAUCAGGCGUCCCGUCGGUUAUUGGAGCUAGUUCUGGGCCUUGGUUUCGGGCUGUUUCUUUUCGAUUGGCAUCCGAGCGUGCUGGGCGUUUUCCAUCAGCGUUCACAGCUUAGCUAUUUGACGAACUACUUCCCUUGAACUCUUAUUGCAUUGCUCAUACAUCCGUUGCCGGGC